AUGUUGCAGCCAGUCUGGAGCUGUAUCCUGGCAAUACUUGGGGUGUUCAUAUUUCAUGUCGGAGAGGUCCGGAGCCAGUGCUGGGAAAGCAAUAAGUGUACAGACCUUAGCAGCGAAGAUGGCAUUCUGGAAUGUAUCAAAGCAUGCAAGAUGGACCUCUCCGCAGAAUCUCCUGUGUUUCCUGGCAAUGGCCACAUGCAGCCCCUUUCUGAAAACAUAAGAAAAUAUGUCAUGAGCCACUUCCGCUGGAACAAAUUUGGUCGAAGGAACAGCACCAGCAACGACAACAACAGUGGGGGCUACAAGAGGGAGGAUAUUGCCAACUACCCUAUAUUGAACCUGUUCCCUGGCAGUGACAACCAAAACACACAGGAGGGAAUUAUGGAAGAUGAGGCUGUGGAUAGGCAAGACAGCAAAAGGUCUUAUUCCAUGGAGCACUUCCGAUGGGGAAAACCUGUCGGCAAAAAGAGGAGGCCUAUCAAAGUCUUCCCCACAGAUGCUGAAGAAGAGUCCUCAGAAAGUUUCCCCCUUGAGCUGAGAAGAGAGCUUUCUCUAGAGUUUGACUAUCCCGACACCAGCUCUGAAGAAGACCUGGAUGAUGGAGAGCUGAUGGAUGGCCCAGUUAAAAAAGAUAGGAAGUACAAAAUGCACCAUUUCCGAUGGGAAGGACCACCCAAAGAUAAGCGGUAUGGAGGAUUCAUGACCCCAGAGAGAAGCCAGACACCUCUAAUGACUCUUUUCAAGAAUGCCAUAAUUAAGAACGCCCACAAAAAGGGCCUGUAG